UCGUUGAUAUUUAGCGGUGCGACUUUAAUUAAAUGGAUGACCACCACGGGUCUCUACUGUACAACACCACCCCUACUGAAAUCUAAUUCAGUGGUCACCCCCCACUCCCCUCUUAUGCACAUAUUAAAGAAUAAGGUUUUACUAGUCCUGUGCUCAUAUGUACUUAGGCCAAUGCCAGGCACACAUAUCGGUGUGUUUUGAUGCGGGUUAUAUUAUGUCACAAGCGUUUUUAACCAAAGAUCUGUGAACGAAAAGACAAUGAACAAAAUACUGUCAACAUCAAUAAUACAAGUAAGUCAAAAGUUGAAUGCAGGUGAGUUAAGGCCAUCAGAACUUUGUAAAGCUGCUGUGAAGCUGGCAACUGCAUCCAAACCAUUGAACGCCUACAUUUCUGUGACUGGUACAUCGGCAGAAGCACAGAGCCUUGAGUCUGACACGAGAUACAAUGAAAACAGAGCCUUGGGAUGCCUCGAUGGAAUACCGAUAGCAGUUAAAGAUAACUUUUGCACAAGUGGGACUCCUACAACCUGCGCGUCUUUGAUGCUAGCUAACUUUGUCCCAGAAUAUGACGCGACAGCUUAUAGCAGGCUAAAGAAUUCUGGAGCAGUUUUGAUUGGUAAAACAAAUCUAGACCAAUUUGCAAUGGGUUCAGGAACAAUUGACUCCUAUUUUGGACCCACAAAAAAUUUGUGGAAAUCCACAUUCAUGGACAAUCACUAUUAUGUUCCUGAAAAUACAUCUAACACAAAAGAAACCAGCAACCUGCAAACAGACAAUUGGCACAUAGCUGGUGGUAGUAGCGGAGGUUCAGCUAUCGCUGUAGCCACAGGCACUUGCUACGCUGCUCUAGGAUCAGAUACAGGUGGCUCCACGCGAAAUCCGGCAUCUUACUGUGGUUUGGUUGGUCUGAAGCCAACUUACGGGCUAGUUUCCAGACAUGGUUUGAUCCCUUUGGUCAACUCUAUGGAUGUGCCAGGGAUAAUCACUCGACGGAUAGAUGAUGCUGUAUUAAUUCUGAAUGCUGUUGCUGGACCCGAUGUGCUUGAUUCUACGACAAUAAAAAAAGACUUCAGUCCAAUUGAGCUUGAAGACUCACCCAACAUUAAAGGUCUCAGAAUAGGCAUCCCUCAUGAGUACAAACACUUGGGACUGGACAAAGAGGUUGAAAAAUAUUGGGCAGACGUUGCCACGCUAUUAGGAGAAGCAGGGGCUGAGAUAGUCCCUAUGUCUAUGCCUUACACCGAACAUUCUAUAGCCUGCUACGCAGUUCUGAAUCAGUGUGAAGUAGCAAGUAACAUGGCUCGUUAUGAUGGGAUAGAAUUUGGCUUAAGAGUUGACCAGGAUUUGUCAACAGAGCAGCUAUUUGCAGAAACAAGGUGCAAGGGUUUGAGCGAAGUAGUGAGAAGUAGGAUUUUGACUGGAAAUUAUUUUUUACUAGCCAAAAAUUACGACGAUUACUUUGUCAGGGCUAUGAAAGUGCGUAGACUCAUUUACCAAGAUUUUCAAAAUGCAUGGAAUUCUGGCAUUGAUUUACUGCUCACUCCCACCACGCUUUCUGGUGCUCCAAAAUAUCAUGAUUUUAUAUCUGUGGAUAACCAGACACAGUGCUCUGUUCAAGACGUCUGUACUCAGUCUGCCAAUAUGGCAGGUGUUCCUGCAGUUACUUUUCCUGUAGGAUUUUCGAAAGACGGGCUGCCUCUGUCUUUGCAACUAAUGGCACCGAUGCUUCAUGAAAAACAGAUGCUCUCUGUUGCAAAAUGGAUUGAACAGACCGUACAGUUUCCAGAAAUUGCAUUAAAAGAUGAAAGGCUAUUAGAAUAAAAUAAGGAUUCCACAGAAUUGUGUAUAAAUGUAAAAGGGCAUUGCUGUUUCCGAAAAAUAUGAAAAGAGCACCGUGCAGUAAACAUACACUAUCUAAUCUGGUGUAGCAUGUAAUGUAAAUUUUUGGACAAUCAGUGAAAAUAAAAACAUAUUGUUAUGAA